AUGCGACUUUACGAGAUAAGCAGGCGAGAGAUUGGAAGAAAGCUCUAUCAGGUCGGAUUCCUAACUCCUGGUAAAGAAACCAACAAGAAAAUCGAGGAGCACAUGAAGAAACUGGCGAAGAUUGAGUACGAGCUGCAAGAAAUUGAGAAAGACAUUGAAUACAACAGACGGAAGCUUCUGCUGUCAAGAAAGAAGGUGACGAAGCAACCAUCGGCAAAGAUUUUCUUUAUGAAAGUGACGCUACGACAGGAAGAACAACAAAAAAGAAUAAGGAAUCUCGAUAAGCUACGCAAAGACAGAAUUAAAAGAGAAAAAUACAAAAUUGUGGUUGAAUCGAAGCUUUACAGACUCUUGACGACAACCGACACUGAAUUGCUCCGAGAAAGUCCAUUGAAAUCAAAUUAA